GAAAUUCUGUGCAUAGAAGGAUUUGAUGAUGAAGGGGCAACAUUUCCAGCAUAAAACGGAUUUCAACAUUGAAGACCCAGCAACAAAUAAUCAUAAGGUGUCAUUCCCAGAGUUAGAGACAUUAGAAUUAUCCUAUUUAAACAGUUUGAUUCCACGGAUAUGGGAUGACAAACUUCCACACCACUCAUUGAGCAACUUGAAAACAUUGACUGUGAGCUAUUGUGGCUUUGUGAAAUUGGUGCCACUUCAUGUGCUGAAAUCUUUAAACAACUUACAAGAACUGGAAGUCAGGUGCUGCAACAUGUUAGAGACGGUGUUUGAUUUUGAAGAUUUAAAUGAUUAUAAAGAGAUGGUGUCAUCAUCAGUGAUCGUGCCAUUGAAAAAGUUAAGGCUACGGUAUUUGCCAAAAUUGAAGAAUGUGUUGGGCAAUAAUGACCGCCAAGGAGAAAUAAACUUAGUUUCUUCACUAGAUGGUUCAUGCCAUCAAAUAGAAGAACUUAUGACGAAACAGAAAAAAGAGGACAAUGAGGACAAGAAAAUCAUUUUCAGCAAACUGGAGUUUUUGGAGCUUGAUGAAUUACCAAGGUUGAAGAGAUUUUGCAGCCAAAAUUAUACUUUCAAGUUUCCAUUAUUACAACAUGCAAUCGUAUCAGAGUGCCCUCAACUCACAAUAUUCUGUUCUGGAGCCAUUCAUGCCCCGCUACUUCAAAAGGUUCGAGUGACGAGAACAUGGGAAUCUGACAGAAAUAUUUGGAUGACUGAUCUUAAUGCCACCAUCCAACAUCGGUUUACUAUUCAAGAGGUAAUCUCCACAACCAAAAGCAUGGCUUUAAAUGCAGAGAAUGUCACGAUGAUAAGGGAUGUCUUUCCUAAAGUGGAAACUCUUUAUGUAGAAAGCUUCAAGGAUGAAGGGGUAACCUUUCCCUAUAGUUCCCUUGAAAGAUUUCCCAUGUUGAAAAAGCUUUAUGUGGAGAAUAGUUCCUUUGAGGAGGUAUUCCCCUCACAAGAUGAGAUUCUUGAUUUUAUGGGAAAAAUCCCUUCGUUUGAGGAAUUAUACAUUUCCGAUUUGGAUCAACUCAAGAGCAUAUGGAAGGAUGACUCUCAGCUACCACCAAUUCAUCAAUGCCUAAUAAAAUGCCUGGAAGUUAUAAGUUGUCAUAGCUUGGUCAAAUUGGCACCAUCCUCUGCUUCAUUUCAAAGUUUGGGGAGGCUGUCUAUAUCUGGAUGCCAUCAACUCGUCUAUUUGGUGACAAGUUCAACUGCCAAAAGCUUGGUGAGUCUUAAAUGGUUGGGGAUAAACAAUUGUAAAAAGAUGGAGGAAAUUGUAUUGAAUGAGAACAAUGAAGGUGUAGAAGGUGCAAUCAUUUUCAACCGAUUAGAGCGGAUUGAACUUACUAAUAUGCCAAGCUUGAAGAUGUUCUCUUCACAAAGUCAAACAUUUGAAUUCCCUGAAUUAGAAGUGAUAGAAAUAAUUGGAUGCCAUGAAAUGAAGAUGUUUUGUCCAGGAGUGUUGGAAACACCAGAGUUGUCUAGAGUAAAGAUAGAAGAGUAUGAGAUGAAAUGGAUGGAUAAAGGGGACCUUAACAAAACAGUAGAAAUGCUAUGCUCAGCAAAGGUAUGA